AUGGAGUUCGCCUUCCAGAAUAGCGCCGCUCCCCAGACUGUCACGCUCUCCCCGGAAAUCACACUCGAGGUCCUCGCCACUCGCGGCCUCGCAAUCCACAACGGGGAGCUAGUCAUCAUGGCGGAUCCGUCACGCAGUUCCACCUUCGACUCUGGUAUUGGUGACGGUUUUGACGACCCGGUCGCGAACCGUGAUGCGGAUAACUACAUCACCGACACGGACCUGAUGGACGUCGAUGACUUGAUCGAUGACAAUAGCGGUAUGACGGAAACGGCGAUUCACCUCCCAUCCGGGCGCGCCGGAAGACUCUUCACGGAACUCCUAAAUCUGACCGAUGAGAUUGAGGGUCUCGUGAAUAUGACGAUGGAGGGUCUCGUGAAUAUGUCGAUGGAGGGUCUCGCGAAUAUGUCGAUGGAGCAUCAUGCGCUUCUGGAAGUGGAGUCUCCCAUGCUGCAUUGCCGGGAACAGGCACUCGUCGCCACAGAUCGCCGUCUCCAGGAGGCAAUCGAGAAUAUGGUUGAAACUGCCCUCCUCCAGAACACGAUCACGGGCCCAGAGGUGUCGGCGGCGAAGGCUGAAGAGCUCCAUUAA